CAAUAUUUGUUCAUUUAUCGCAUGGUGGUGGAGAUCCUAAUAGCCGAGCAGUUGCUCACGAAGACGGCGCAAGUGAUCGAUUUCAUCAAGGAAUACGACGACUUAAUUCAACGAAAACGUAUCGAACGAGCCAAAAAAUCCUCAAAAGGCGUAAAGAGUACAGCAAGCAAAACCUGA